GCGGCGGCGGCGGCGGCGGCGGCGGCGAAGGCCAGCUUCCGCGGAGUUUGUGCCCGGGCUUCCCAGCUGGGCUCCGGCCGCCUUACGCGCACAAAUGGGGUUAGGGGACUGACUGGGUCAGCGUAGUGAAGGACAGCUAGUGUCAGAGGAAAAGUAGACACCAGUCCAACUACGGCCGCCCCCACUAAUACUUCGGGGGAGUGGCCACAGCAGAUCCUAUCUGGUGGUGAGUGGCUGUCAUGAUCUCUACAGCACCGCUCUACAGCGGCGUGCACAACUGGACCAGUUCUGACCGGAUUCGCAUGUGUGGCAUCAACGAGGAGAGAAGAGCACCUCUUUCUGAUGAGGAGUCCACGACAGGUGACUGCCAGCACUUUGGAUCUCAGGAGUUUUGUGUCAGCAGCAGUUUUUCCAAGGUGGAGCUCACGGCAGUUGGAAGUGGCAGCAAUGCCCGGGGGACAAACCCAGAUGGCAGUACCACGGAAAAGCUUGGGCACAGGUCAGAAGAUCAACCUGAUGAUCCUCAAGCAAAAAUGGACUAUGUUGGGAAUACAGCAGAGGCGGAGGGACUCCUGGUGCCGCUGAGCAGCCCGGGAGACAGCCUUAAGUUGCCCGCUCCUGACGGCACUGAGGCUAGCCACAGCAGGGCCAACUGCUCCUGGACUCCCCUAAGCACCCAAAUGAGCAAACAGGUUGACUGCUCUGCAGCCGGGGUAAAGGCUUUGGACUCUCGGCACAGUGUUGGGGAGAAGAACACUUUCAUUUUGGCAACUCUGGGAACUGGAGUCCCCGUGGAGGGAACCCUGCCUCUAGUUACCACAAACUUCAGUCAGCUGCCGGCACCUAUCUGCCCUCCUGCCCCUGGGUUGGCCUCCGGGACCUCCUCGGUUCCUGAUCCAUUCCAAGUUCCCCUCUCUGUCCCAGCCCCAGUUCCCCACUCAGGACUAGUUCCAGUCCAGGUUGCCACAUCGGCUUCAGCUCCUUCCCCUCCCCUAGCACCAGUGCCUGCUCUAGCCCCAGCAGCACCCUCGGUGCCUACUCUCAUCUCUGAUUCCAACCCCCUCUCUGUGUCAGCCUCUGUCUUGGUGCCUGUGCCAGUGUCUGCUCCCCACUCAGUCCCUGUGCCCUUGUCAGCUCCUGCUCCUACCCCUCUCACAGUCUCUGUGUCUGCACCUCCCUUGGCUCUGAUCCAGGCUCCCGUGCCUCCUUCAGCUCCCACUUUGGUCCUUGCUUCUGUCCCGACUCCAGUUCUAGCUCCCAUGCCAGCAUCCACACCUCCAGCAGCUCCUGCCCCUCCGUCUGUACCAAUGCCCACUCCGACCCCGUCCUCUGGCCCGCCCUCUACCCCCACCCUUAUUCCUGCCUUUGCUCCUACACCGGUGCCUGCACCCACCCCAGCCCCAAUCUUUACUCCAGCCCCCACACCCAUGCCGGCUGCCACACCAGCUGCCAUCCCCACCUCAGCACCCAUUCCAGCCUCCUUCAGUUUGAGUCGAGUGUGCUUUCCUGCAGCUCAGGCACCAGCUAUGCAAAAAGUCCCCCUGUCUUUUCAACCAGGGACAGUGCUGACCCCUAACCAGCCGCUGGUAUACAUCCCACCUCCGAGUUGCGGCCAGCCACUCAGUGUGGCUACACUGCCAACCACUCUGGGAGUGUCUUCCACGCUCACACUCCCGGUCCUGCCAUCUUACCUGCAGGACAGGUGUCUCCCGGGUGUGUUGGCCUCUCCAGAGCUCCGCUCUUAUCCAUAUGCAUUUUCUGUGGCCCGGCCUUUGGCUUCAGAUUCAAAGUUGGUGUCUUUAGAGGUGAACAGGCUCUCCUGUACUUCCCCGUCCGGCAGCACUAACAGCCAGCCUGCACCUGAUGGGGUCCCUGGACCUUUGGCAGAUACCUCCCUCACCACUGCUUCUGCCAAGGUGCUUCCAACUUCACAGCCUUUGCUGCCAGCCCCCAGUGGGAGUUCAGUCCCACUACACCCCUCCAAGAUGCCAGGUGGCACUGAUCAACAAACAGAAGGGACUUCUGUCACCUUCUCUCCUCUCAAGUCACCUCCACAGCUGGAGAGAGAGAUGGCCUCUCCACCCGAGUGCAGCGAGAUGCCUCUUGACCUCUCCUCCAAGUCCAACCGCCAGAAGCUUCCAUUGCCGAACCAGCGGAAAACACCUCCCAUGCCUGUGUUGACCCCUGUGCACACCAGCAGCAAGGCCCUCCUUUCUACAGUCCUGUCUAGGUCUCAGCGUACAACCCAAGCUGCCGGCAGCAAUGUUACUUCCUGCCUAGGCUCCACCUCUUCACCUUUUGUUAUCUUUCCUGAGAUGGUUAGGAAUGGAGACCCAAGCACCUGGGUAAAAAACUCAACUGCUCUGAUCAGCACCAUUCCUGGCACAUAUGUGGGAGUGGCCAACCCAGUGCCUGCAUCCCUGCUGUUGAACAAGGACCCUAACCUGGGCCUUAACCGAGAUCCUAGGCAUCUCCCCAAGCAGGAGCCCAUCUCCAUCAUUGAUCAAGGAGAGCCUAAGAGCACUGGUGUCACUUGUGGCAAGAAAGGCAGCCAGGUUGCUGCCGAGGGACAGCCAAGCACAGUUAAAUCCCGUUAUACCCCAGCCCGCAUUGCCCCUGGGCUACCAGGGUGCCAAACCAAGGAACUGUCUUUGUGGAAACCUACAGGGCUGACAAAUAUGUACCCACGGUGUUCCAUCAAUGGGAAGCCCACGAGCACCCAGGUUCUGCCUGUUGGCUGGUCACCAUACCACCAAGCAUCUCUGCUUUCGAUUGGCAUUUCUAGUGCCGGGCAACUAACCCCCAGUCAGGGGGUGCCUCUCAGGCCCACCAGCAUUGUUUCUGAGUUUUCUGGUGUGUCAUCUCUUGGUUCCAGUGAAGCUGUUCAUGGACUUCCUGAGGGGCAGCCACGGCCUGGGGGCCCCUUUGCCCCAGAGCAGGAUGCUGUCACAAAGAACAAAACUUGCCGAAUUGCUGCCAAGCCUUAUGAAGAACAAGUCAAUCCUGUCCUUUUGACUCUCAGCCCUCAGACGGGGACCCUGGCACUGUCUGUUCAGCCUAACAGUGGGGACAUUGGAGUAAAUCAGGGAUCUGAGGAAUCUGAGAGCCACCUCUGCUCUGAUAGUACUCCUAAGAUGGAAGGCCCCCAGGCAGCCUGUGGCCUGAAGCUGGCAGGGGACACAAAGCCUAAAAACCAAGUGCUGGCUACCUAUAUGUCCCACGAGCUGGUCCUGGCCAACCCCCAGAACUUGUGCAAGAUGCCUGAGCUGCCUUUGCUACCUCAUGACAGCCACUCUAAGGAACUCAUUUUAGAUGUGGUUCCCAGCAGCGAGAGAGGCCCCAGCACAGAUCUUUCGCAGCUUGGAAGUCAGGUGGAUCUGGGACGGGUGAAAAUGGAGAAAGCAGAUGGCGAUGUGGUCUUCAAUUUAGCCAACUGCUUCCGGGCUGAUGGACUCCCAGCAGUUCCCCAGAGGGGCCAGGCUGAAGCACGGGCUAAAGCUGGACAAGCUCGUGUGAAACGGGAAGGUGUUGGGGUCUUUACUUGCAAGAACAGUUGGCAGCCAGAAUCAGAAGAGACAGAAUCUCUGCCACCCAAAAAGGUCAAGUGUAACAAAGAAAAGGAAAUUGAGGAAGAACCACAGCAGCAGCUGCCACCACAGCCACAUGAUAAGCCCAUGGUCCGGAGUUCCGUGGGGUCCAAGUGCCGGAAGCCGCCUGGAGACCCCCAGGAACCCACCAAGAAAAGCCCCAGAGGGGCUUUAGAUUCAGGAAAAGAGCACAAUGGGGUCAGGGGAAAGCACAAGCACCGGAAGCCAACAAAGCCAGAGUCCCUGCCUGCAGGAAAACGAGCAGAUGGUCAUGAGGAAGGUUCCUUGGAAAAGAAAGCAAAGAGCAGUUUCCGUGACUUCAUCCCGGUAGUUCUGAGUACUCGGACACGCAGUCAGUCUGGAAGCAUCUGCAGUUCCUUCGCUGGUCUGGCAGACAGUGACAUGGGAAGCCAGGAGGUCUUCCCUACAGAGGAAGAGGAGGAGGCCCCCACCCCAGCCAAGAGGAGAAAAGUCAGAAAGACCCAAAGGGAUACCCAGUACCGCAGCCAUCAUGCCCAGGACAAGACCCUGCUGAGCCAAGGCCGCAGGCAUCUGUGGCGAGCCCGAGAGAUGCCCUGGAGGACAGAGGCUGCCCGUCAAAUGUGGGACACUAACGAAGAGGAGGAAGAUGAGGAGGAAGAGGGCCUCGUGAAGAGAAAGAAACGGAGACGGCAAAAGAGCCGAAAAUACCAGACGGGGGAGUACCUGACUGAACAAGAAGAACAGAGGCGGAAAGGGAGAGCAGGGAUUCAAGUCCGUAAGCAGUAGACUUCCUCCCAAAGUUCAGAGCACUGCCUCAGGAACAGGGACCUUCUCUUGUCCAACAAAGCCCAGGGGAUCUCGGACUCACCAAAUGGUUUCCUUCCAAAUAACCUGGAGGAGCCAGCCUGCCUUGAAAAUUCAGAAAAGCCAUCAGGAAAACGAAAGUGCAAGACCAAGCACAUGGCAAACGUCUCGGAAGAGGCAGGGUAUAGCAAAGGUCGUUGGAGCCAGCAGAAGACACGAUCUUCUAAAUCUCCCACUCCAGUGAAGCCCACAGAACCAUGUACACCCUCUAAGUACCGAAGUGCUGGCUCGGAAGAGACCUCAGAGUCACCCACUGCCCGACAGAUUCCCCCAGAGGCACGGAGACUUAUAGUGAAUAAAAAUGCUGGGGAGACGCUCCUGCAGCGAGCAGCUCGUCUGGGUUAUAAGGACGUUGUUCUCUACUGCCUCCAAAAGCACAGCGAGGAUGUGAAUCACCGUGACAACGCGGGCUACACAGCCUUGCACGAAGCCUGUUCCCGGGGCUGGACUGAUAUCCUGAACAUCCUAUUGCAACAUGGGGCUAAUGUGAACUGCAGCUCACAGGAUGGCACAAGGCCAGUGCAUGAUGCUGUAGUCAGCGACAACCUGGAAACCAUCUGGCUCUUGCUAUCCUACGGAGCUGAUCCCACACUGGCUACCUACUCGGGUCAGACAGCCAUGAAGCUGGCCAGCAGUGAUAACAUGAAACGCUUUCUCGGUGAUCACCUCUCCGAUCUUCAGGGCAGGGCAGAGGGCGACCCUCGUGCAUCCUGGGAUUUUUACAGCAGUUCUGUGUUGGAGAAAAAAGACGGGUUUGCCUGUGACCUCCUCCAUAACCCUCCUGGGAGUGCUGAGCAAGGGGAUGAUUCAGAACAGGAUGACUUCAUGUUCGAACUCUCAGACAAGCCUCUUCUCCCUUGUUACAACCUCCAAGUGUCAGUGUCCCGUGGACCCUGCAACUGGUUCCUCUUCAGUGAUGUCCUGAAGAGACUGAAGCUUUCGUCACGAAUCUUUCAGGCCCGCUUCCCACACCUUGAGAUCACCACCCUGCCGAAGGCUGAGUUCUACAGGCAGGUGGCCUCAAGUCAGCUGCUGACCCCUGCUGAGAGGCCUGGGAGCUUGGAGGACAGAUCUCCCCCGGGCUCCUCAGAGACUGUGGAGCUGGUGCAGUAUGAGCCAGAGCUGCUGCGGCUCCUAGGGUCUGAGGUGGAAUAUCAGUCAUGGAGCAGUUGACCAAACAGCCUCCUCCCGUUCUUCUUUCUCCUUGAGUUCACCCUUUCCCCCACCGCUCAUGUCUCCCCACGAGCACCAGACUGCAGAAUGGGCAAUAAUAUGGACCAACAAGAAGCCGCCUUAUCAAUGCCAGCAUUAGUGACUGGAUUUCUUUCUCUCUCUUUUUUGUUGUGGGGGGUUACAGUUAGUUCUCAUCUCCCUGUUGUUGUUGUUGUUGUGGUUGGUUGGUGAUGGGGUGGAAAGUUGAACUCCACUUCUGAAGACGAGAGGUCUGGAGAUGGUGGGAGGUGGCACCAGGGUCCCUCGGACUGGCUUCUAUGCUUAUGACCAAGACCAAACAUGGGCCUGGGUGGCUAUAGCCUGUCCUAAGGAGAAAUGAGAAAAACCCAAAUCUCUUGAGUGCCCCUUUUGUCUCCCUGUGCUCUUCUGUCUUCCAUAGUAUUUAUUUUAUUAGUAUUUAAUUUGUAUUGUUCCAUUGGUUUCUGAGAAGUCUGUAUCACUGUGACUAUUUGAGACAACUUGUUGUAUCGAGGGACUUUCUUUCUUUACCUCUCUUUCCCUUUUCUUUCUACAUAAGCUUUGGGGAUGCUCCCACCCUCUGAGAAAAUUAUUCCCAGGUUCUCUCUCUCCAUUUGGAGAGGGAGCAGGGUGAGGAAGAAUGGGGCCAUCCUCUGACUAAACAACCUAUCUGCUGCCUGCCCAGAGCUGGGGGUCUGGGGGCCAAUCCCUGGCCUUUGGUGCUGCCCCACCCCUGCCAGUUUCACCCACCCUGCCCUCUGUAGCAGCGCUUCCAUCUUGAGUGUUUACUAGGGAGCAGGAUUCCCGAGUUACUCUAAUAAAGGCAGGUUGACAGACCUGAGGCAAGGUGCUCCCCUCACAGUGCUCCGCUCAGCGCACAGUAUAAACGUAUUCUGACAUCUUUUGCCCUGUACCCCUCCCCUACUUGCCCCACCUACCCCCGGGGCUCCCCAUCUUGAGAUAGUGAGCCUUUCACCUCCCAGACUUUGCCCUGCCAUCCCUCCCACAGACUUGUAGCCCCUCUACCCCUCUCUCCUCCACCUGCCCUUGGUUCUCCUUUGGAAUCUCUAAAGGGCCCUGGGACUAACUACGCGAAGGCAAGGGACCAGUCGUUACCAGUCUCUAGCCUGGUUCCAUAGCCACUCAGGGACUGAGUGAGUGGCUCCUAGGCCUUCAGGUGCCUAGUUAGAUCUGUUACCAGAGAGGGGGACAGGAGGAGCUUGGGUUGUUUCCCUGACCCCACCCCUCCGUGCCAUUGCCCCCCUCCCCCCUAUUUUUCUACCAAUUGCUAUUUUUCCGAACAAUCCUAGUAGAGAGUGUGUACCAUCCAAAGGCAGGAGGGCCUCGCUGUGGGUGGCUCUGGAUGGAGAGGGUACAGUUUUAUUGUACAGGUGCUAAACAUCAACAAAAGAAGAAAAUGGGGAAAGACAAAAAAAAAAAAAAAAAAAAAACCAGUUUGGGAUGGGAUAAUCUGUUCUCUGGAGGCUCCUGAUCCACUUAGGAGCACUAUUUCUUUUAACUGUGUGUGGUUUUUUGUUCCCAGGGGAAUUUCUGAGCCCCCUUCUGUAGGACAGCCCAUCAUCCUACCCAAAUGGUUUUGAACAAUUGUUUUCCCUUUUUAACAGCAACAAGAUUAUAUAUAUAUAGAUAUACAUAUAUAUAUGAAGUUGAGGGGGUUUGGAUUUCAAUUUUGUUUUGUUGGAAAUUAUACUGUGUGGUUUGUUUUCUGGGUUUUUUGUUUGUUUUUUUUUUUGGUUUUGUUUUCUUUUUGGUUUUGCAUUUUGGUGUGUAUUCUCGCUGCCCUUUAUGUUUCGUUUUAAGCAACUGGCUGUGGAGUCAAAAACACUUGCAUACUGAAAAA